UCUUACAAUCGUCUUUAUUACGGGUAUUACAAAAGGAACUGAAGCGACGAUUUCGUGUUACCAUUGCAACAGUCACGCCGGCAUGGCGUGCGGGUUAACGGCCGGGUGGAAUGUUUCCGAUUUGGAAAAAGAUGUGAAACCCUGCCCGGAUGGAUUCUGUUACAAAUACGAAAAGAGCGAGACAUUUGCAGGAAAGGCAUUCGGAGUGGAGCGCGGUUGUGGUCGAGUAUCGUGCUACGCGCUUCCCUAUCAAGGAAAUAUUUCGGAAUUAUGCGAGGUGGGCGCGGAUAACACCCGGAAAGGCAAGAAUGUUCCCACUGGACCGCCGUUUAAUCAGCAGUAUACCUUUAUCAAUGAGCAUCACACUCAGACCGGACGACUGCAAUACUGCGAUAGCGACCGGUGUAACAGUCAGCCCACACAUUUCGCGGUGGAUACGGAACUCGAAGCCGAGGCUCGCGCACCCUACUACUGUGUUGCGUGCAAAGGUCCGGUGAAUGGCUCGUGUGGUGUUUUGGGCGCCAGUGAGGAAGCGAUGCCCACUGAUCCUUAUCCAUGUCAUUACGGCUAUUGCUUUACUUACGUUUGGGCUGAAGGCAAUAAAAAUGUGCCGACGGUAUGGCGUGGUUGUGGACCCUUGGCAUGCAAGCAUGUCCCCGGUGCAGUGGGAUCGAUCGGCCUAUGUGAUGACGCCGAUAAGCUGCAACCGGUCGACACCAGCAAUGGGGAUCCUUUUAACAAGAUCCGCUCCUUCUCGGCUCGCCAAGAGCCCACCUGGAAACUGCGAGCCGGCUCGGUGCAGUACUGCAAAGCCGGCAAUCUGUGCAAUUACCAGUCGGUUCGCAGUUUCCCCUUGAAGAACUUGUAUCAGCAUCGCACGCCAACAGUGCAAGAAGUGUUGAAUAACCUGAUGCUGCCGGACGGCUUACCUUUCGGAAACACCGAACCAUCAAGAACCGAAGCUACGCAGAUGUUUCACACAAUGGAUAAGAACGGCGACGGGGUUUUGGAGGAGGCGGAAUUCAGCAGCGGCGUCCGCUGUACACUCGGCUGAGACAGCUAAUUACGGGCGUUUGCUACUUUUUGUAAUUGUUCUUUCGUAGACUGCCACGCAACAGGCCUUGUCUGGCAAAAUUUUUCUAGAGUUUCAUGUGAAAUUGCAUUAGUAAAUCUAGAGCA